AGGCCGAAACACACGCACACAACACUUCAAAUUAAAAUGAGGGGCAAAUUCACUGCUGCCUGCUUACAUCUUUUUUUGUUUGGGUGAUUCUUUUAGAAGAAAAAUUUUGUAGUGCCGGUGUUGAAUUGACAGCCUCUGGAGGCCUCUGGUCUCAGAACUGGGACGCGUGGGCGGAGGAAUAGGGAUUUCAUUAGCAUCUUUCCUUUCCCACACCAACUGCCCCCUACACAGUCGACACGGUCUCACCCAAUAGCAUCCACACCCGGAUCCUGAAGGCUGGAGGGGUCAGAUUGCUAAACCCCGCAGGCAUCCGGGCCAGAACGUGUGCUCUGGGCCCUGCCUGGGGAAAGAUGAGCUUGAACCGGUGGAGCUGAGUCCAGGAGGGUGCCGGAUGCGUAAAGGGUCAAGUCGCCGACCUUUCUUGCACCAAGGUGUUGUGGCUGGGAGGUGGGCGUGGCUCGCACGUGGCUCCGACUACGGCCCGGCUCCAAGUUCCCUUCCACUCCGGGGCUGGUGUCCCAACCAGGCUAGGUAGGCCAGAGUCGCACACGGCGUCGACGGGGUUGCCCCGAGGUCCCCACAAGCGUUGCAGAGGCGGCGGGCGUUCUCUGCCCGACGGCCGCGCCCGCACCGGGGCCCGCGCCGAUUGGCCGGCUGGCGGUCGCUGGGCGGGUCGAGGCGGACCUCGCGGCCAGGUGAGGCGCCCCGCCCCUCGACCGCUCCAGGUGCAGCGGUGGGGACGGCAGGGUCCAAAGCCCGGGGUCCCCGGACAGGGCUGAGGCGCCAUGGCCGAGUCCCAGCUGAGCUGCCUGGACGAGGCGCACGUGAACGAGAAGGUGACCGAGGCGCAGGCCGCCUUCUACUACUGCGAGCGGCGGCGGGCCGCGCUGGAGGCGCUGCUGGGUGGAGGCGAGCAGGCCUACCGCGAGCGGGUCAAGAAGGAGCGGCUGCGGGACUUCCUCUCCAGCAAGGAGCGCCAGGCCCUCCGCGCCGCCUGGAGCCCCUACGAGGAAGCCGCUGUCUCCAAGGCCAGUGGCAAGGCCAAGUCCAAGGCCCCGGCCGAGCCCAGCGAGUCCCUUGCCUAUUGGCCAGACCGCUCGGACACCGAAGUGCCCCCGCUGGACCUGGGAUGGACGGACUCCAGCUUCUACCGCGGCGUGAGCCGUGUCACGCUCUUCACCCACCCGCCCAAAGAGGAGAAGGCGCCGCACCUGAAACAGGUGGUCAGACAGAUGAUCCAGCAGGCCCAGAAGGUCAUUGCCGUCGUCAUGGAUCUUUUCACUGAUGGGGAUAUAUUUCAAGACAUCGUAGAUGCUGCCUCUAAGCGCCGGGUCCCUGUAUACAUCAUCCUGGAUGAAACAGGAGUGGAGUACUUUUUGGAGAUGUGUCAGGGCCUGGAACUUGCUGACUUCCGCAUUCGGAAUAUCCGGGUCCGCUCUGUGACAGGAGUUGGCUUCUACAUGCCCAUGGGGAAGAUCAAGGGGACUCUCUCAUCCAGGUUCCUGAUGGUGGAUGGAGACAAAGUAGCCACUGGAUCUUAUAGCUUUACCUGGAGCUCCUCCUAUGUGGACAGGAAUCUUCUUUUGCUCCUGACAGGGCAGAACGUGGAGCCCUUUGACGUUGAGUUCCGGGAGCUGUAUGCCAUCUCUGAGGAGGUAAACUUGUACAAGCACCUGGGUCUAGCAGGCAGGCUUGGCCUCAACUACUCCUCCACUGUAGCUCGAAAACUUAUCAACCCCAAGUACUCCUUAGUGGCAAGCAGCCGCCCUCCUCCGGGAGAGAUGAUGCGCUGGGCGGCGCGACAGCAGCGGGAAACUGAUGGCAACGCAGAGGGACAGGAGGGCAGUGGUGGUGGCGAGUCUGCCCGGCGUCUGGAGAGCUUUCUCAAUGAUCUGGCUACAGUAGAACAGAUAUUGCCCACAGUGGAUUCCAUUUCCCCGAGAUUGUCGAGAACAAAGGAUGGCAGGACGGUCUCUCAGGUGCAUGGAGACCUGAGGCACAAAUCCCAGAAUGGCAAGGGAGAAGCUGCCAAUGGAGAUGCCAUCCCGGCCAAGGAGGGCAGACGCUUCAGCAGGUUCUUCAGCCGACGAGUGAAGAAGUCUGCUGGGCCGAAUGUGGAGAACUCCUCCUCCCAAGACAUUUUUGCUGAUGGGGAAUUUCCUCUGGCGAAGAAGCCCAACGAGGGUUCCAACAUAUCAGGUGAGCUCCUGCUGCUAAACUGGUGACCCUGGGCAAGUCACUGCAGGUCCAAGUUUCAGAUUCCUCAUCUCUGAGGGAUACACGCCUUGCUUGGUGUUUAGCACACUGUAGGCAUGGGAUCGUCUGUAAGAAUUCUCUUACUCCUCCAUGGUGUUCAGGUCACCGUUAUAGUAACUUGGUGUGUAGCUCAGCACAGGAUGGCCUGUGAGGACUCCCUCUCUUCCAUGGUGCUCAGGUCACUGCUAUAGUAACUCUAAUCAAAGAAGGAAGUGUGACAAGUUCUGUUCUGUUUUUUUAUUUUAUGUGCACUGGUGUUUUGACAUGGGUGUCAGGUCUCCUGUGAGCUGCCAUGUGGGUGGUGAGAAUUGAACCCGGAUCCUUUGGAAGAGCAGGCAGUGCUCUUUAACUGCUGAGCCAUCUCUCUAGCCCCAAGUUUUCCUUUUAUAAAUGAACAAUGCACAGCACUGGCUGUGAGUCUAGGCCUCCUUCUGGCCAUCCUGCUCCUUGCUGUCUUCCAGCGCUCACCUGGUCAAACAUACCCCGUCCCACUGUUGCCCUGACCAGCUUACUGGUUUCUAUGAUAACAAUUAGAUUGUUUUCCCCAUGUCUGUUUGUAGCCAGAUUUGCCCUCUCAGAGAUCUCCUUGAAGCCCUUUUUUCCCUUUUUUUGAAGUCUUUUUCCUCUUUCUCCAGAGCGGUCUCCGAUAUGACCUUUCAUGAGUCUGGUAGUGACAUGGAACAGGCUGCUGUGGGGCCAUUCUCAUCUCAGCUUCCCUGCCUUGGAAGAACUUCUGUGCUGGGAUUUUUCCCUCUGCGGUUGCAGGGCUUUGCAGUGAUGAGAACUGAGCUUCCUGGCUGGCUCACUAUAUGAAAGCCGGUUGUGAAGUAUCUGUCCCGAGUAGCACCAGGGCUCCAGGACCCCAGUAUCCCAUAAUCAAUGACCUAGGGCAAGGAAAUCACCUGAUCAGAAGCACUUCGUGUCCUGUUGAACCCAGGGCUGUAGGUCCCUCAUAGAACAGGUCUGGGGGGUCUCUGCAGUAAGGCACCAGGAGCACCCCCCUAGCCCUGCUGCCUCCAGUGGGCCCACACUGCUCGAGCAGGCCAGGUUCCAUACGGCCACUUUCUUUCCCUUCGUCCUCGUGAUGACCCUCAUGAGUCCAAGGUGUGGAAAGUGCACUAAGUGACUGUAAGCCUGAGUCAGGGCCAGGCCUGGGCCUUGUCCUGGCAAGGGAGGAGUGGCUGGUCCCCAUUCCCACUCCCUUUGGGCUUCCCAGCACCAGAUGCUGAUGUGCUCUGUGCCUCUUGUUUGGAAGGAGGUUGCCAUGGUGAACACCUGGCAGUGAGGAGGAGGGGAAUGAGCCCAAGCACAAAGGGACUGUUUCCCAACUCCUGACUGGAAGUGAGGUAGAAGCUUUCUCUUCCUGCCCCUUACCAUUAGGUGCUGUUUCCAUAGAAACGAAAAGACCAUUGUCUUGUCCCUUCCUACUGCCUCUGGUGUCAGAUUCCCCUGCUUAGAUGACUUGGGCAGUUAGUGUUUGCCACUGCUCCUUAUCUCGGAGCAUUUGUACACUGCCCUGGAGCCAACAAGCCGACCCAUUGUGCCUUUGGGAGUGCCUGCUCCAGAGCACCCAGUCCCUGAGCAGAAGGACUAGGGUAAGAGUGGCUAACACACAUAAGAAAGUCUCAACUGUGUCGUCCCCUCCUGCAUCCUGGGGAAGAACGUAGAGGUAGCACAAACAGACACACACACACACACACACCCUGCCACCCCAUCAAGGCCCUGAAAUCCUAGCUCUCUACUGAGACCUCUGGCCCCUGAUUCUUUCUUGCUCAAAGGCAGAGCUGAGAAGCCGAGUUUUUUCUCCCAAAGACCCUUCUACACCUACACCUCUCAAGACCUAGGCUCAGGGACCUCUGAUACCUUCCCUCAAGGUGGCAGCCACUGAGCUGCUGACUGUACACCUAACAAUGCAUCUUGGGCCCCCACCCUGGGCCAGCUGGAGCUUGCGAUGGGCUGGAACCACUUCAGCUUUCUCCUCAGAGAAGGAACCCAUCCAGGGAAGGAAUCCCCUUCCCACAGGGAGCACUCAUGUUGUAACAGACAGUGGUGGCAUGAUCUUAGCUCCUGACACAUUGCCCUUCCCUCUCCAGGGCUGUCUCCUCUUCUAGAGGAGGAGGGGUAAACUAGAGAGGGCUUCUGAGGUCCCUUUGAGUUGAUGCUGAUUGUCCUAUCUGUCUCUGCUCCGUCUUGUCAGAGAGAACGUGGGUGGAUGACAGGGUGGGUGAGAGAGAGGAAGAUAGGAAAAGCCGAGAGCUGACAGCCUGUAAAAUUGCUUGAUAAGAAGUAUAUAGUUGUCAAACAGCAUGCAAAGUUUUGCAAACCCAGGUGUGGCCCUGGGGAGAAUCUCACAGAAUCGCCUCCUCUGGGGCUAGGGUGGGAGGGUGCACAAUGGAAUCAGCCUGGCAGUUUGAAGACCCAGA